GAGUUGGGCCUCUCGCUUCCUCUUCCUCUCUGGUGUAGCCACAGAUAGAACAUAUCUUUGGUGUGGCUGUCUGACGCCGGUCAGCCAUUUUGGGUAGGUUGUUCAACGACGAGCUGCUAGCUACCACACCGACAACACCAGGACGAAUACUUAAAGGAACUGAACAAAAAGCUGUUUUACUAAAACCAUCGUUCAAUAUGGGUCCACCAGGAGACAACCCACGUCAUGUGUCCUCUGAAAGAACGGAGGAUUUCAGUUGGUUUGUCAAUUUAUCUUGACAUGGCAUGUAGGUUAGUUGGUGGUUGUGACGACUGAAGAAAAGCAGGAAAAACAAGCGCAGAUAGCUAGUUAGUACCUCAACUUCAACGGGRGAAAGAGAUUUUUUUUGAAACACGUUUGUUGUCUGUAAAAUCAAAUCUAGUUGGUUCUCUCGACGGGAAUCCUAACCACCAUGAUGAUAUUGAAGCAAAAUGUCAUUUAAAAUGCCGAGAUACAACAGUUAGCUAGCCAGUCAACCGGACAAGUCAUUCGACAUUAAAUACCAAGCAAGCCAGACAGAACUCGGCGGAAAUGUAAAACGAAAGAUGACUGUCAGCUAGUUAGCUAACUAACCCGCACGACAUAGGCCUCAAUUACGUCCAAGAAGUAAAAUGAUGUAGCUAGCUAGUUGACCCACUAACUAGUUAGUGUUGAAGUGUAUGCUGCUUAGCCUAGCUAGCUCACGUUAACUAGUCAACUAAAAUAGUCCCGUCACUAUGAGUAUCGACAACGGAAGUAAACAAGGCCGCGGGCCAGUUCAAUGGCAGUAAACCCGGAGAUGUCAAACUACUCUGUAAACUUCAAUGUUGUAACUUGGUGCCAUCGUCUUCUGGCAUCCACAUUUACUUGCCAUGAUGGUUUUCUAUACCCCCAGUUAUUCAGGAACACGUUCAUAACGCGGUCUCUGCCGAGAAAUAUACACAAACAAACGGCGUCAAUCAUGGACGAAGCUUUGAGUUUGAGAAGACACGAAUAGAAUUGUCUGCUUUUUUGUUCGUGUAGUAAUCUCCUAUUUCAUUAGCGAGAAGUAGUGUCAGUAUGGGUUUUGGAAAUGGCUCUCCUUUCUGUUAGUAGUUGUCAGUAACCUAAAGGAAAAGGUGUACCUCAUUUUAAUUUGCUAAUUUGUUUUCACUAGGCAAAUGUGUUGAAUUUAAAGUUCAUUUGGCCUGUAUUCGAAUGUCAUACUUUUAAUCACAACAUGGCUUCUUGAGUAAUUAAUAAAACAAAUGUAGCCAAAUAUUGAUUAAGAACCCCCCCUCCUGAGCAUAAACUAUUUUAAAUAAAUAAAAUGACAUAGCUUGCUAUUUCAUUCGUUUCCUCCUCAAGUUGGUAGUUAUUGCGAAAGAGCUAGUGUAGAAUAAUUUAGAUUUCUCGCUCUGUAAAAGGUAGCUAACUAGCUACACAUAGACAACUCGAAAGUAUAGUCAAAAUAUUCUGUAAUAGAGAAGACACCUAACAUCCAAAUCUAAUAAUGGGGGACCCAACCUGGAGAAGAAACCAAACUAGAGAUCGACUCCGUGCUCAGAUCCGAAAGAAAAGGGAAUCUUUGGCUGACCAGUUUGACUUCAAGAUCUACAUAGCCUUUGUGUUCAAGGACAAGAAGAAGAAGUCUGCCCUGUUCGAGGUAGCUGAAGUCCUACCAGUGAUGACCAACAACUAUGAAGAGAAUAUCCUGAAAGGUGUGCAGGCUGCCAGCUACUCCCUCCAGAGUUCCAUGGAACUUAUGCAGAAAGAUGUUGUGCAGUUACACGCCCCACGCUACCAAUCAAUGCGCAGGGAUGUCAUAGGAUGCACCCAGGAGAUGGACUUCAUCCUGUGGCCGCGUAACGACAUAGAGAAGAUAGUCUGUCUCUUGUUCUCCAGAUGGAAGGGGGCCGAGGAAGAACCCUUCAGGCCUGUUCAGGCCAAGUUUGAGUUUCAUCAUGGAGACUACGAGAAGCAGCUGUUACAUGCUGUCGGCAGGAGGGACAAGGCCGGAAUGGUUAUGAACAACCCAGCUCAGUCCGUCUUCCUGUUUAUGGAUCGACAGCACUUACAGACUCCUAAAACCAAGGCCACAGUUUUUAAGUUGUGCAGCCUGUGCCUGUACCUGCCCCAGGACCAGCUAACYUGCUGGGGCGUUGGCGACAUCGAAGAUCAUCUCCUCCCGUACAUGCCCGACUAGGGCCAGCCGGCCUCCAUGCCUUCCGCCCACAACACAAGGAAGAUUUAACCCACAAGCCACCGAAGCAAGUUGAUCUCUCUCUCUCUCAUCCACCACACAUCCUUCCAUUGAAUAGAACUGCUGCUUGGAUCUCCUCUUGUUUGUUGGUUUCCAUCUUCCUGAAGCUAAUUUAAAAGAUAAUCCAUAUUUGGUUUUUCCCUUACCUACCAAGCUUCCUCUUCCUAGCUCUGCUCCUACCAGUUUUGAAUUUGUUCUCCCUUUAAUCCACCCUCCCUCCACCAUCCAUCUUGUUUUUUAUUUUGAACCUGCACGAACAUUGAUUUUGAGUGGUUGGUUAUUCCCCCUGGAGCUGCACAAUCAACGACACAGAGCAGUCACUGAAGGAACUCUUUAUGUUGCUACCAAGCAGGAACAAAGCCACACAGGUUGUUUUUUUUAAUGACGUUCACAGGGGUCCUCUGUCUCUGCUGGACACAUUGUAACCCCAUGUCAUAACAGAUUGGAAAAGCUUCUGUCAUUUCAAAGCUGGGUUAGAGGAAAACAUACGUGGGGUGUUUUAGAACGACUAGCUACAAUCUAUGACGGGUCAGUCUAGGUGGCGUACAAACGUCUCCUGUAAAGCAAAGAUAAAAGGUGAGGGAGUAUUUGUCAAAUCAUUUGGUGUAGGUAUUCACAUCUUUAUUUGUCCUUUUAAGACGCCCUUGUUUAAUGUUGGCUUUUCUUUUUUUUUUUGGGGUUCAUUUGCUUUUCCUGUGAAAUAUGCCAGGAACACCAUUAGUAAAAUCUGGAGUAUAGUUGGGAACUGAUGGGAGGAAGUUGACAGACAGUAUUGUGAAUCGCAUGGUGCGGACCCGACACACAAGGUUGCAAUGUUUUGUUUAAAUGCUGAAGGUUGUUACCACGCACGCCAUUCAAGCUACUGAAAUCUGUUUUUGUUUUGUUCUGGGUGUGGGUUGGCAUGGGUGUUGUGUGGAAGAAUUAAUGUACCUAACAAUGGAACAGGUUGAGUUGAAAUUAAUGGGAUCGUUACAUGUUUGUUCCUUUAAUUUGAUAGACAAGUAUCCUAAA